AUGGCUAGCGCUGCCUUCGACAACCCCGAGAAGAGGGCUAGCAUCCGAGCCUUUCUCCAUCGCCAGCUCUUUGUAACACCGCCGGUGCCCCGCGAUGUCGACCUCCGCGGCAAGGCAGCUAUCGUUACCGGAUCAAACGCUGGUCUCGGCCUGGAAUGCGCACGCCAGCUACUCGAUCUCGGAGCCAGCAAGCUCAUCAUCGCCGUCCGCAAUGAAACAAAAGGCGAAGCAGCAAGGACAAACUUGCUGUCCGCCGGGAAGUUCAAAGAUGCUACCAUAGAUGUCUGGAAGCUGGAUCUGGAGUCGUACGAAUCGAUUGCCAUAUUCGUGGAGCGCGCAAAAGCGCUAGAACAUCUCAACAUUGUAGUCUUGAAUGCUGGAGUAAUGCAACACGAACACAGCUUAAACUCAUCCACUGGCCACGAGCAGACUGUUCAGAUCAACCUUCUCUCCACAGCCCUUCUCACUAUCCUUCUGCUGCCUGUCUUGAAGGCCAAGAACACUUCCGAGUCUCCCGGUCGUAUUGCUCUAGUGUCUUCGGAUAUGGCUUCAUGGGCCAAGCUCACCGCAGCGAGUACACCUGUGUUGCCAACCAUGGACAAAAAAGAGGGCUACCACAUUUUCGGUCACUACAAUGCCUCGAAGCUUCUUGCCCAGUUAUUCGUCUUCCAACUAUCUCAGCAGGUGCCUCCAUCGGUCGCCAUUGUCACAAUGCCAAACCCAGGUUUAUGUUACGGAACGGGCCUUGGACUCGCUGCACCCGGCGGCAGUAUUGCAGACAGGAUCGCCGCAAUACCCAAGCGAAUACUCGGGCGCUCCACAUCUGUUGGAGCUCGAGUACUUACUGAUGCAGUUGUAAAACACGGUGUCGAGGCUCAUGGACAGUACGUCGAGGAUUGCAAGGUUCAGCCAAUGGCGCCUAUUGCCUAUCAGCCCGCAGGAGAGAAGCUGCGCCAGGCUCUUUGGGACGAGCUAUUGAAAGAACUCGCCGCGUAUCAUGUUGAUGAGAUCCUUCGUGAUUUGACUCGAUGA